UAUAAUAUCUGCCAUAUUUAAAAUAUAUUUAUUUGAUGACUUCAACUAUUAAUUUUCACAAAUAACAUGAAAAAUGGCGUUGAUACAAUCAAGUAACAAAUCGCCAAUGAACUUAAACGAUGGACUUAUUGAAGUUGAUAUCAUAAGACAAGAUAAUUUGGCCUAUGAAUAUCUAUGCCAUUUAGAAGAAACCAAAGUGUGGUUGGAGUCUUGUUUGAAAACCACUUUACCACCUGUUAUGGAGCUUGAAGAUCAUUUGCGAAAUGGUAUUUUAUUAGCUAAACUAGGGAAUUUCAUAGCUCCUUCUACUGUUCCAAUGUCUUGUAUUUAUGAUCGCGAUGAAAGACGUUAUAAGACAGCUGGCCUUCAGUAUCGUCAUACAGAUAAUAUUAAUUAUUGGUUAAAAUCUUUAAAUACUGUUAAUCUACCAAAGAUAUUUCACCCUGAAACUACUGAUGUUUAUGAUAAAAAAAAUAUGCCAAAAGUGAUUUACUGUCUACAUGCUCUAAGUACCCAUUUAUUCAAACGAGGUCAAGCACCAUUAAUCCAAGAUUUAUAUGGAAAAGUUGAUUUUUCUGCUGAAACAAUAACUGCUACCAGGAAAGAAUUGGCUGAAAAUGGUAUAGAACUUCCUAAAUUCCAAAAAAUUGCAGGAUUGUUAUCAGAAGAUAUCAAAGGAAACACAUUAACAUUACAUGAAGCAAUUUUAGAAAUAAAUAAUUCUAUUAAAUCUAAGGAUAUGAAUUAUUUUACUAAAAGUCUCUGCAAUAAAGCAGCAAAAUUACAAUUUAUAAAUUUGAAUUAUAUAGAUAAAUAUUUAGAAGUUUUGCGUAAUGCUCAACAUUCAAAAGAAGAUGCUACUAUGAAUAAGUCUUUAAGUGAAAGUUUUGAACCUGACACAUAUGAUGAUAUUUUAACUCAAAAUGAAAUACAAGGAUAUAUUUCAUCAACUAAUAUUGACCUAAAGUGGAAUGAAAUGAUUGAAGCAACUUGUGAAGAUGAAAUUAUAAAUAUAUUAAAAUCAAAAUAUAUCCCACUCAUUGAUGUUCAAAAACAAAAUGGUAGAUAUUAUAAAUCUGAAUUCCAAAAUUUAUUGCGGACUGUUAAUUAUAAGAAUUUGAAUACAAUUGAUAAAAAAUGUUAUCUUCAACGUAUUGUCAAUUCUGGAAACCAAUAUGCAUUAAAUUUCCAAAAACAAGAAAUUUCAAUAAAAAAAUUAAAUGAUACAUUAAUCAUUAAUGACAUAGAUGGUUUUACACGUAUCAUAAAAGAUCCAGUGUUAAACUUAAAUCAUCUCAUCAAUGAAUUUGCAAUUCCUUUAUAUUUUGAAGAACUUAAGAUAGAUCGAUGUGAUAUAGAUCAAAACUUGAGUUAUAAUGAUAUUGUACAGAGCUUGCAAGUUCUUAAUCUCAUAGCAGAUGUCACAAAAGCAGUUCUUUCAGAAAAUAUUGAUUUGACAUGGGAUCGUUUAGCAAAAUUAAAAAAAUUUUUCCCAGAUCAAGAACUUGAUGCUGGGUUAAAACUGCAAUAUUGGAGUGCAUUUGAUGCAUGUAGACGAUUUAAAGUUAUAAAUAAAGGUAGCUUUGGGAUAUUAUCAUUUAUGAAUAUUAAAGACUGUGUAAACAUUGUUCAUAACCAGUUAGAACAAAACAAAGAAGUAAUAAAUGUUUUACAACAACUAAAUUAUGCCUUAAAAUGGAAUGAUUUUAAUACGAUGAAGCAAUGUAUAAUGAAUCCUACAUUAAGAUUAGAAUAUUCAGUAAAAGCAAAAGAUUUACAAUAUGCAUUUGAAUUAUUAUUGAAUCGAAAAAAUGACUCCGAAGAUGAUGUUGAAAUUUGGAAAGAUGACGUUGAAGAUGUUUUAAAAAGAGUGUGCGAUGAAGUUGAAAGUAUUCAUAGAAGUGCUGAAUGGCUCUUAUCAGUGAACUUGUCUUUGGUUAAGAAUGAAAGAACUAAACUAGCACAAGAAUUCCUUAAACUUGUUCCAAUGAGUGAAAUGGAACAACAAGAAAUUUGUGUUACAUUGUUACAUUUACUGGAAUCAAAGGCAAAAUACAAAGGUCCUUGGGUUGUGCAUCAAACACCUUAUGGUCGAUGUGUUUAUUUAAACCUAGAAACUUUAGAUUAUUCGUGGGAAAAACCAAAUUUUCUCCCUACACCGAAAUAUUUAAAUAUGGAAGAAAUACAGACUACUAUAAUGAAUAUGAAAAAAAGUUAUCAACAUCGGAAAGAAUCUGAAGAAAUGGAAAAAAUGAUUACUCAACUUCAAGCACAUAUUCGUGGGUUUUUAGUUAGAAGGGAACUAAAAAACAAAAAUAAAUGGAGUAAUAAACAAGAAUAUUAUGCUAUAAAAAUACAAAAUUGGUGGCGAUGUAUUCUUUUUCGCAGACAAUGGUCAGCUAUGAUGAAGAAAGUUAGAAAACAAUUAAAACCUUUCCAACGGGUUUAUACUACAAGUGAUGUGAAACAUAUAAUACAGAUACAAGCUAUUUGGAGAGGUAAAAUGGUUCGUAAUAAUUUUUAUCACUUGUUUCAUACAGCAAAUCCUCCUUAUAAGAUUGUUAAACAUUUUGCUCGUUUACUUAAUUUCAAUUUGGAAGACUAUCAUCGGGAGUUAGAACUACAAAACCUUCGUGGCCAAAUUACUAAACAUAUACGUCUAAGUAAUAAAAUGUCACAUGAAGCUGAUGAAUUAGAUAUUAAAAUAGGUUUACUCAUUCAAAAUAGAAUAUCUUUACAGGAUGUUAUUGGUCAUAAAGUAAAAGCCAAUGAAGAUAUCAAUAAAAUACAUCCAUCAAAUAAUAUGCAGCAUUCAAUUAGCUUAAUGUCUUUAAAUAAAAAUAGCAAACACUUAUUAGAAUGUUAUCAGCAUUUGUUUUAUAUGCUUCAAACAAAACCUUAUUAUUUAACAAAACUAAUAUUCUGCUUGCCUUAUUCAGUUCGCCAUAUAUCUAAAUUUUUAGAACAAAUUCUUAUGUCAGUUUUCAAUGCUGGAAGCAAUAGCCGUGAUGCUUAUUUUAUGUUAAAGCUAUUGACAUUAGCUUUGAAGGAAGAAAUUAAAAUAAAUUGUACUAAAGCAGCAGAAAUUAAAACUUCAAAUUUAUAUAUAUUAAAAGCAAUUGUUGAUCAAGCAAGAUGUUUUGAUAAUCAGAAGCGUUUAAAUACAAUCUUUAAGACAGUUGUAGAAAAGCUGAUACAUCAUAGAAAUAAUCUAUUUAUUGACACAAACCCAGUAACAAUUUACAGAACAUGGCGUAAUGAAUUGGAGACCAACACCGGAGAAAUUUCAGAUUUACCAAACUCUGUUGACCAACAAACUGCUCUAAAGUAUGACGAAGUUCAAAAAAGAUUAGCUCAUAAUUUGGAACAGCUACAGAAUAUAACAGAAGAAUUUUUAAAUAAAAUUUUAGAUUCUAAACCAUUAAUACCUUAUGCUAUAUUAUACACAGCUCGAACAUUACGUGAAAUUAUACAAGAACUAUUUCCUGAUACACGAGAAAAUGAGGUUUAUAAGAUAAUUGGCUAUUUUGUCUAUAAUUUAUACAUGAAUCCUGUUAUUAUAACACCUGAAAUAUAUGAUAUAUUUGAAACAAAAAUCGAAGAUGGAAUAAGUUAUCGUCAACGACAUAAUUUAGCUAGUGUAGCAAAAAUUUUACAAUAUGCUUCAAAUAAAAAAGGGUACAAGGAUGAAAUUCAUUUAAAAUGUAUGAAUCCUUUUAUACUCGAUUGUUACACAAAAUUAAAAUUGUUUUUCAACAAUUGUAGUAAUGUUGAUGAUCCAGAAAUAUAUUAUAAUAUUAAUGAAUUUACAGAUGUAACACUUUUGACAAAACCAACAAUAAAUAUUACAUUACAGGAAAUACAAGAAACACAUUCUUUAUUACUAGAUAAUAUUGAUCAAGUUGCACCGGAUCCUAAUGAUCCAAUUCAUCAAUUACUUGAUGAAUUAGGACCAUCGGCACCAACAAUUUCACAACUUUAUGGAUCUGAUGAUGAUGAUAUUAUGGUCCAAAGACGCAUUGCCACAGUUCAAGUUUGUCUAACCCUAUCAGAUAAAUUUGAACCCAGUACUAAAACAGCAUCUGUAACUAAAUUGUUUAUAAAAACAAAAGAGUUAUUGAUAAGAGUACUUCCAUAUUUAAGUGGCCAUACAUUGCCAGGGUCUUUGAGAAUAGAUUCUACUCCAGAUGAAGAAUGUCGUUUUGCUGAAAGAGAAUCAAAAAUAACAAUUUCUGGAAAUAAUGUCGACUAUGAAGUGGGUACAUUAAAAGAAAUCAAAGGAAAAUUAAGAAAACAUUUGAAAGUUUUAGAAGAAGAAGGUAUUGUGACAAAAGAAAAUGGAUAUCAAGGUAUAAUUACAUCCGUGGCAAAAGAUAUUUGUAAUCGAAAUAAAUAUCGUCAAAUACAAAUCAAAGAAUUGCAAAUGUUAAAAUCCACUAAACAGAGGUUGGAUGAGAAAAUACAAUAUUUAAAUGAAAAAAUAAAAUCUUAUGAACAAUAUAUACAAACUUGUUUAGAUAAACAAAAUACCGGCCAGAAGAAACAAAAAAAUGCAUCUAAUAGAGGUAAACAAUUAAAGUCUAAGAAAAGUAUACGCUAUACCGCAGCUAAAUUACGUGAGAAAGGAGUCCUUAUCGAAGUUGAAGGACUUCCAGAUGGACAAUUUAAAAAUGCUCAGUUCGAAAUUGGUCCAACUGAUAUACAUGGAGUAUUUUUAGUUAAAGGGAAAUUUAUGGGGGUAGAAAUGGAAACCAUAAAUAUUGAUAUACAAGAUUUAUUAAAACGUCAAUUUGAAGGUGCAACUAUAAUGGAUAUUUUUGGUACAGCCAAAGUGAAUGUCAACUUAUUGCUGUUUUUAUUGAACAAAAAAUUUUAUUGUAAACAUUAAAAUAAAUGCACAAAUAAUUUAUGAUUUUAAAAUUUAAAAUAUUUAUGUAAUAGUUACAACAUCUGGUUUUACAAAGAAUGUUUAUAUUAUUUUUUCAUAGUAGUAUUAUAUUUUAUAAUAAUUUUGUUAAUUGUCAUCACUAAUCAUGUACUCUGUAAUGUA